UGCUACGCGGGGCUCGGGGCAGGGACGGGAUGGCAGCUCAGCGGCUGGGCAAGCGGGUGCUGAGCAAGCUACAGGCUCCGUCGCGGGCCUGCGGGCCGGGGGGCAGCCCCGGGGGGUUGCAGAAACGACAUGCGCGUGUCACAGUCAAGUACGACAGGCGGGAGCUGCAAAGGCGGCUGGACGUGGAGAAGUGGAUUGACGGGCGCUUGGAGGAGCUGUACCGCGGCAGGGAGGCCGACAUGCCUGAUGAAGUCAACAUUGAUGAGUUGUUGGAAUUGGAGAGUGAAGAGGACAGAAGCCAUAAAAUCCAGGAGCUCCUGAAAUCUUGCACCAACCCCACAGAGGACUUCAUCCAGGAGCUGUUGGUGAAGCUACGAGGCCUCCACAAGCAACCAGGCCUCCGCCAGCUCAGCCCCUCCAGUGACCGCAGCCUGAGCCCCCUCCAGGACCGGGCCCGGACCGCGCUGCCUUGACACUCUGUCACCUCUGUGGCCCCUCUGUCCCCCACUCCUAGUGCCUUCCUGGCUUGUUUAUAAGUAGUACUUUAUGGUUCUCUAACAAUAACACCAAGCACCUGUUUUUCCUCUCUCUGAUCACUCUGGGCUUCCCCCAGCUCCACCCCCGCAAAUCUCCUUCUCUCCUGCUGGCCUUCUUGUGUCCCAGUAUGUGCAGCUGGCCCAGACAGAUGGAGAAUCACUCCUUCUCGGCCAGAGAGCAUGAGAACAGGCCCUGCUGACCUUGCAUCCCUGGAUUCACAUCCUGUUCUCACCUCCCCUCAGCCUUGGUCCAGUCCUAGCUAGUAAGGCCCCAGUGUGCUGGUGGCACUUGGGUCCUGUGGGAAUGACAGCCUGUGGUCCUUGGGCCACAAGGGAUGCACAAGACCAAAUAUGCCCGGUAUCACUACAACAUGAAUAUUCAUCCAUUCCAUGAAUUGUAUUGGGUACUGGCCGUUAGAAUUGAGACCAGAAAGAGGAGCAGAACAUGGUCCUGGCAUCAGGUGCUCACGCACUGGAGGGGGAGGAGGGCCUGUGUGCAGAGGAUUAGGACAAAGUGCUGAAUGGUCCAAGAUACUUGCAAGCUCAGGGAGUAGAGGGAGCCAUUCACUCUUGGCGUGGUGAAAAAAUUUUGGAGGGCUUCCUGAAGAAAGUGAUAUUGAGGCAGGUCUUUGAAGGAUGCAUAGGUGUUUGUGUGAAAUGGAUUCCCAUAUCUGAGGACUCUAAACUUGUGGCUGAAGGGAUUGGCAUCGAUGCUGAGCCAGGGAAGAUAAAAAAUAUUGGCUGGACCCUCCACCAAUCAGCAUGGGCAAGUCUCCCAGGGCUUGAUCAGGAAAGUCCCUGAUGGGGAGGCCUGAAGGGUCCUGGGGGAGAUGCUGGGCAUCAGAAGCAAGUAUUUACCUAAAACUGGAAGAUAUUUCAGUAUUUUAAUAGCAGGUCUAUUUGUACCAGUGGUCUCAGUUGGGUAGUCAGGAGAUGGAGUGCAGCUGGGGUUGCACCAAGGACUGGCAGGGCCAGAGCUAGAGUGUCUCCCCCGUUCCCUCAAGAUAAAGCUUCUUCUGACUGAAGUGGGGGCCCCAGCCCCAGUUCCCACUCGGAGCUGCUCAGCAGCCUGGCCCGGAUCAGCCACCCCUCCUAUCCCAGGGGACCUGCACUUCCAUGGCAGGACGAGAAGGUGCCCUGAAGAAGAGGAGCAUGCAGGUGUGCCUGGCUUGCCCAACCCUCAGGUUAUCUUGCUGUCUCUGCAGAGAUGGGCCUCUGGCUUCCAGUGCCCCCUUCCCUCCACACAAAUGUGUGGAGACUGGAGAUAUCCCACUUCCUGCCAUUCAAGCACUGGGGCUCAUCUCCCAGGACACCCACUUAGGCCUAAGAAACCCUGGACUUCCCUCUCACAGAACCUGCUUUUGGUUCCUUAUCUUUGUGGAGAUGGUAGGUGCUCAAACCCAGGUUCUAAAGUUGUGGGUGUGCCUCUCGGUUUCCUCAUUAGGGAAAAUGGGGACUUCACAGAUGAGAAAACUGAGGCCCAGAUUAGUGAUGUCACUUGCCCAAAGUCACUUGCCCAAAGCUGGGAAGUGGCACUGGACUUCAGUUUUAGGCAUUAUGACUCCAGAGUCCAACUACUUAAUUCCUACACUACAGCACUUCUAUAAGCCAUAGCAAUGAUUGUUAUUCUUAGUGGCAGGAAGAGAUUGACUGAUUCAUACUAAAGUGUUAGUGACUUCUCAUAGCUCUCUGAGAGAGCCUAUAAAAAAGGCAGUACACCUUGACUGAAAACAAGGCAACUACAAAAGCAUUGGGAAGUAGCAUACCAUAGUGGGUAAGAACCUGGAUUCAAAUGCCAUUUGUCCUACUUCCUAGCUGUGCGAUAUUGAGCAAGUUGCUUAACCUUUCUGUGCCUCAGUUUCCACAUCUGUAGAACUAAAUUAUAAUAGUACCUAUCUCCGAGGGUUGUUGUGAGGCUUAAAUGCAUGGGCCAUAAACUAGUGUCAGGCACAUAAGCAUUGUUCCUGAGAAUCCAACUGGUGACCUUUUGCUUUGAGGGAUGACACCCAACCAACGGAGUCAUGCCGGUCACGGCUCUGGCGUCUUUCAUAUCACAGUCCUCCACAGGACUUGCUUGCAGAGCAGAAGCUGAGGUCCUCCCCUCUGUGCUCUGCCCUGUCACCACUCUCCCUUCAUCCCUGUCCUCUGUCCCUUGCCUGUGCUAACCACUCCAUCCAUCAGGCUCUUCCCCUCCAGGACCCAGGGAUACCUUCCUGCUGCACAGAUCACUCUUCUCUGAGUUCCUUAUCCUCAUUUAGCUGUAGUCUCAGAGAUGUGCCCUUGAGCCCCUCAUGUAAGAAGCCACACUCAGUCUCUGUCCUGACGCCCUGCAUUCUUUUCUCCAUAGAAUUUAUUACACCCUGAAAUUACCUAUCAUUUUAUCAUCUGUCUACAUUCUCCCACCUUUAGAAUAUUAACUCCUCGCUUAUCUUGAACAUGGCUAUGUUCCUGAUGUCUGCAACACCGCCUGGCACAGAAGUGCUUACCUAACGACAGUGCCCCCUGGUGGCCGCACUACAGUAACCCUCCUCGUGUGGCAGUGAGGCCUCAGCUCCCUCUCGUGGCUGAGUUGUUUUACUGCUACACCCCAGGGUUGGGUGGUCAGCACACUGCAUUAAAAGAGCAAGCUCUGAGGAAGCUACUACAAAGCACUCACCUAUCUUCAUCCUUGACCAACACCAGCCAGUGGCUUUGCUGAUUAGAAUGAUAGAUAACUAUUAGAAAUGGACUUGCAUCAAUGAUAUGAUUGGUAUUCACAACUGGCUAAAAUGUCUUGGAAAUACUUCUUGCCCUCAUAAUAAAGAGGGUGGGAAGGCCCUUAGCAAAAAGAUUAUUGUGGUUGAUAGAAGAUCAACCUACAAGAAUCAAUAUUAUUCACCAACUCUGUAAUAACCAAUUAAAACAUAAUUUUUAAAAAACCAUAUAGUUUUCAAUAGCAAUAAAAACUAUAUUUUUUCAAACAACAUAAAAAUGCAUAAGCCUAUAAUUGAAAAAUCUUUAAAUGCUGAUAAAAGGUAUAGAAGAUAAUCUGAAAAAAAUUACACCAUUCAGGUCCUUGAAUAGGAUAGCUUAAUAUUAUCCACAUGCCAAUUCUUUCCAAAUUUGCCAACAAAUUGAAAGCAAUUUCAAUAAAAGUUCCAGAAGGAUUUUUCAAAAGCUAUUUGGCAAACGUAUUUCAAAAUUUUUAAUGGAGGAAUAAAGCUGUACAAAUAGCUAAGUCAACAUUAAAAAGGAAAGGGGAAUGCUUGCUCUGCCAGAUAUGAAGAGAGAUUGCAAAGCCAUAAUAAUAAAAAUAGUGUGAUGUUGGUGCAAGAAUGGAUGGAUACACCGAAGAAACAACAGACUCACAGGCAGACCCAGGAAUGUAUAGAAACAUAACAAAACAAUAGAGCUGGCACUGCCAUUUCAUGGGGGAAAGGAUGGAUUGCUCUCUCUGGCUUUGAGAAAAUUGGCUCACUAUCUGGAGGAGAAAAAAAUGUAUUCUUACUUCACACCACAUGAAGGUAGACUCCAAAUGAAAUGAAGACCUAAAUGUAAAGAAUAAAACUAUGGGGUUAAUAAAA